AUGGCAGGUCUGUCUGACGUUCUUCACUUUUGUCAUCCUCUGCAGGGUUCACCCACGCUGACCUGGACCAUGAGCAAUGAUUUGCCUGUUCUGACAAGUCUGACUGAGAACUCCACUGAUGUGCCUCUGUCGGCGGGCCAGGUGGAGAACUAUGUGCUGCUAUUGGUGCUGCUGAGUGUUUUCGCCGGGGGGACGCUGGUCCUGCUCUCCCUGCUGCUGCUCUUCUGUCACCGCUGCUGCAUGGGUGGACGACGCUACUCCAGAGCGAGCGAUGACCCUGAAAAGACAAACACCACUUACGCUGAAGAUUCUCAGCCCACCCAAGAGAUCACCAUUCGUCUGGAUGAAUCAGACGCUCUCUCAGCUUCGAGCUGUCACGAUGGAGAGUCGGAGCGAUUCGUCUCCACUGGGUCUACUGGCCGCAGAGUCUCCUUCAAUGAAUCUGCACUUUAUGAACAGGAGAAGACGACGCAGGACAAAGGACGCAGGUACACUCUCACUGAGGGAGACUUUCACCACCUGAAAAAGGCUCGGCUGACCCACCUCCACCUGCCUCCGGCCCCAUGUGACCUGAAGAUCCUCACCAUAAUGGAGUGUGACUCAACAGAGAGCAGCACCCUAAACAUCAGCGAGACUCGAGCUCCCAAACUGCCUCUCACCAUCUACCAGCCCACUGAGAGAAGAGUCCCUGACUGGAUGGUACAGAGUCUCAGUGGAGGUCUGCCCGGAGACCCACACCACUCCAUCAUCCUGGACCAGGGACCCAUACAGCCCUCAUCAGCCAUGAAAACACAGCGCACACGCUCUCAGACAAUAGAGGCUAUCGGGGACAGGGCAGAGGCUGAGAGUGAACAGGGAAUGGGAGGAGAGUUGACUCAAGCUCCAGGCCAGACUUCAGUUCUACAUUUCUUCUCUAAACUGCGGCGCCAUGCGAGUCUGGAGGGGGCCGGGCCUUACUUCAGGAGGUGGAAGUUCGACAGCAGCCACCGGGCUGCCAGUCUAGAUGCCAAAGGAUCCCCCAAGAGAAGGCCCUUCCAGAGACAGAGAGCAGCAAGUGAAACAACUGAUCACACUGAAGACGACUCUUCUCCUCUGAAAGAUGACAUUGAGUCUUUCCCACACACUCCCAUCCAAACCAGUGGCCUCCAGUCCCUGUCUGCAGAGUCUCUGUCUCACCCCGCCAAUGCAUCGACAUCCUCAGUCUUCCUCAGCAGGCUACAGCUGGAGGCCAUGGUGGAGGUAGGUACCAGGAAAGAGGAACCUGGUUUGCCAACAGAUGAUUGUCAUGUCCAAAGACAAGAGGAAGCCAUGCACAAUGGAUCAAGAGUAGAGAAAGAAACAACGUUAGGUGCAGUUCAAAGGACAGAAGCCGCAGUCUGGCUUGAAUCUCUAGAAGAUGACUUGUUUGGGCCACAACGAGAAGCUGACAUUCAGGAAAGGUUUGAAGACACAAAGACAGACGAUGUGACAUCAGAUGUGAGGAAAAAGAGUGAGACGGAGGUAGAUGAAGGAGAUGAGGUAGUGUUGGGAGCUGAGGCCAGACGAAGGACGGAUUCAGGUUCUUGUCUUUCCUUCAUGAUCCGCCAGGAGAGCAUGGAGGCCCCUCCCUCCCUUUACAGAGACAUUUGGAGCUUGCGAGCCUCUCUGGAGCAAUACGCCUCCUCAGACCAGAGCAGUACGGACCGGGAGUCCAUCCGCAGUGAUGCAGACAGUGUGUCGUCCAUAGGGGGUGCAGGAGCACGCUCUGGCCUGGACAGCUGCUUGUCCCAAGACCUGGAUGAUGAGCCUGAAGGUGAAGGGGAUGGAGAGGUGUUGGUGGGAGGCAUUAGAGGAGCGUCAGGAGGGGACAGUGAAAUGGGAAGUGGAGUUGGAGGAGAAGGUGAGGCGGAAACAGGAAACCGGAAACUGCUUCAGAUGGACAGUGGCUACGCCUCCAUUGAAGCACCAACCAGAGCACCAGAGGAGAUGCGCAUUUUCGGGACUCCUGGAGCCCCUCGAGGGAAGACGGCAUCUGAGAGGAGGAUGUUCUUCACCAGCUCGGGGAGGAAAGGUUCAGUGUGUGAGAGCAUCGACACCCGGCUGUUUCAGGAGGAGCUGGAGGAUGAGAUGGCGGACAGCACAGACAAAGGAGACAAACUAAAGGAGAGACCUCAAACUGGCAGCCAGUCGCUCACCCUCCAAGAACCAUAUCAACUCAUGAAAUCCCUUCAUCCUCAGAAACCUCCAGAAUCACAAUCAACGCUAAUGUCACCGCUGAUUAAGCCAGUCCCUCAGACCUCUAGUCCUCACCGACCUCGCCUCCGCCGCCGUGACUACAGCAUCGAUGAGAAGACGGAUGAUCUUUUCAACGAGUUUCUCCGUCAUGAUCCACGGUUCGACCAGCAGGACUCGCCGCUGCGUUCCAGGCACCGAUCCAGAGUUCACCUCCGGAAGCAGUGGCAGAGACACAAGCAAUACAGUGACCCAGGGUCAGGCGCAGGGGGUAGGUACUCCCCAUCUUUGGAGAGGCAGAGGUUUACUCCACUGCGGAGAGGGGACAGCGCCGGGUACCCACUGGACACCAGAUAUCACAGCACACUCUCACGUAUAGCAAGCGCUGCUGAUGAAGAAGCCAGCGAAGUUGCGGCUUGUGAGGAAGCAGCCAAAGAAAACGCAGAGAACAAAGACUCAUCAGGUGAAGGAGUUACCGGGGGAGCCUCCGAUAAUACAGCCAACACAACCUCUGAAGGCACCAACGCGACAAAGAGUGGUGCAGAGUUGGACUGUGAGGCCGAUGGUUGCCAAGUUUCUACAAAUAUAGACACAAAAAGCACAAGCAGCCAGUCGCCAACCACUGUGACUGCACAGCCAGGCCACAUGGAUCCAAAAGUAGACAACAGAAACAACAACAGUAGUCAAGCUAUCCUAUCAGAGGUUUCCCUGCAGGCAGAGAGCAGCCUGACAGACAAACUGGUGGCAUCAGUGGAAGAAAGGCUUUACGGCGGCCUGCGGAGUGCAGAGAAGCUCAGCCAGGGAGGAACGGAGCAUGUGAUUACCGUGUCUCACACAGCCUCGCCUGGCUUCAGUCCCUCAUAA